GGAGUGGGACCAAAAAGGGAAGUACGAGAGAGAGGCUGCGGGAACAUCACCGUGCUGCAAUUAAGGUGAUUCGUAGGAUGCAGUACUUUGUGGCAAAGAAAAAGUUUCAGCAAGCUAGAAAGCCCUAUGAUGUCCGAGAUGUUAUUGAGCAGUAUUCUCAGGGUCACCUCAACCUGAUGGUGCGAAUCAAGGAGUUACAGAGGAGGUUGGACCAGUCCAUAGGGAAGCCAUCUCUUUUUAUCUCUGUCUCAGAGAAAAGCAAAGAUCGAGGAAAUAACACGAUUGGUGCCAGGCUGAACAGAGUGGAGGACAAG